AAGGAAGGAAGUGAUGUGGAGAGGUAGAAGGAUGAUAUCCCAGAGUUGGAAUCCAGGACCAACAGGAGUGAUUAAAAUCAGGGAUGCACAAGAAACCAGAAUUAAACGCACGCAGAUAUCUUGAAGGUUUGUGGAGAUUAUAGAUAUAGGGAGGGUUGAGGCUAUGGAGAGAUUUGAAAACAUGGAAGAGAGUUUUAACAUCAAGACUGGAUGUCAAUUUUAUUUUUUAUUAUUGGUCGCAUCCUUUCAUCCACAAAAGAUAAUGGCCAUUGAGCAAAUAAAUUCAUUCUAGAUAGGACCUCUUCAUGUGCACACAGCUGAAGAGUUUAAUCCUUGUGAGACAGGUUUUGCCUCAAGUGGGUGCUGGUCAUCCUGGUGGUGCAUGCCACUCCAUGAUAUUGUCCUCUGAUAUAAGCGGGUCCAUUCCGCGUACAAUCAUUGAUAUCUGGGGUCUUCAUGUCACAUUUGAAAGCAUUCUUGAAGCGGAGCUUUGCGUACCGCUGGUCAUUUGGCUCCACCUGCCUCACCACACAGAAACCCCUUGGGUCUGUGACCAUCUUAUAUCCUGACCGAGCUAACAAAGUCACCUCUGUUUGAAAAGUGCUGGCAGUCUGGGAGUUCUGCCUUUAAGAGGAUUGUUGAACUUGAUUUUGUCCUUGUAAGAUACCCCACAAGGUGCCCCACACAGCAAACAUGAAUAUUAGGCCAGCAAACAAUGAAAACUAUUAGGAAACUUAAAUCAUAAUUAAUAAAAUAAAACAUUAAAACCGCCCCAAUCAAAAACACGCAACAAUUACUUGCGACGUAGUUAUUAAAACAAAUAUAAAAUAAACAACAUUGGCAAUAUGUUAUAAAUCCCCUGCGUUAAAUCGCUUAAUAAUGCACCAUAUUAUCACCAGAACCUAAGUAUGUUUAGUUCUCACUGAUCUAAUGCCGUUACAUUCUUUAACACUUGCUUUAAAUUGUGCCUUGAACCUUAUACUGUGCGCAUGUGUAUGCUGGGCGCUAAUUCAGCAAAAACAGAGGCUUUCACUAAGCUAUCAGCCGUUGCCCAGAGUUUCAAGAACUCCACUGUUGUGGGUCUAGUGUAGGGAGAAUCUAGGCAUAAAUUUUCUUUAAUGGAGUCCAGAAAACAGGUUACUUUUCUCGAACGAGAUUCUGAUUGCCAGGGUCUGCAGCAAUCAUGCUUGAAAAGGACACGAGGACAUAAUUUUCCAAAAACUCAUGAUUCAAAUGAUGCUACAGAAAUAUUCCAAGAGGUGAUCAGCAGAAAAGUUAAUCCACCAAUUCCUUCCCCAGCUAAUACUAACAGUGUUGUACAGACAGCAAUUCCAGAAUGUUUCAACCAACAAAGACAGGGGCAAAGUAGCCAACAGGAGGAAUGUAAUCUAAUGCCAACUUUUACUUCAGACCAUUGUCUGAUUCAGAAAGAACCUCCAGGACAGCAGGAAUUGAGGAUUCGAACUGCCAAACAGGAAGGCAAACAAACUAACACAUAUGCUGAGAGCAAAGUAAGGGUAAGAGGAAGAAAAAUAUGGCAAACUGAAAAAGAUCAUCAGGAUGCUGACCUUCCAGUCAAUUUGGCAAUGUUAGAGGACGGGCUGACCAAUUUAGGGGAAGUGAAAGAGAAUCUCCAGCAUACAUUCAAAGAGAUGCAAGUCAGUUUUCAGAUUGAGGUGAAGCUGCUUCAAGGUGUAAUUGAGUCCAGUACCAGUCAGAUAGAAUCAGCAGUGGAGGAGGUGAGCUCCACUGUGAACUCAGUUGAGACUACGCUGCAGAGUAUGGAUUCUAGACUAGUCAAGAUUAACUCCAACUUAUUACAACUCCAAGAAACUGUUGAAUUUGGUUUCAAAGAACUGACCAAGGAAAUUGCUUCCCUGGUCAAAUGGCUGUGCCAGAACCUGAGUGCUGGACGUGUAGAACACCAGGCCAUCAAACCACUCAUUAGGACUAUCAAGGCAGGUCCUAUAUAGAUAAAACAACCCGUUAUGCAUGCUGGUCAUUUAGCAUCUUUUAUUUUGGUAUAUGGCAAACCACAUCAAAACCGUUAACCAUAAAUAAGAAGCAUGAUCAUUUGUUUGGGUGUCUGCAUAAUAAAAUCAACUGUUUGGUGCACAUUGACACCUUGGUAUGAUUGUUAUAUAGAAAAGUUCAAGUGCUACCCUCUUAUUUGAUAAGGGAUGAUGGGGAACAAUAGUUGUCAUUUACACAUUACUACUGAAGAAAGUGGAAACAGUAAUAUGUCCUCACUUAUUCUGGAAAAUCAAUCUUUAAGCCAUUUGUUCAUGUUUUCUGAAGUGGAUAGGAAAUGAAAAACAUUACUAGUGCUCAUUACAUUAAAGAAUGGUUAGUAAUUAAAAUAAUUUGCAUAUUUUAAGAUUAAUUUGUUUGCUAUUAAAUCCAAUUUGAAGUUUACUUUUUCAUCUGGGUCAAUCUCAAAAUAACACACCAUUAUUGAACCAUUGGAACAGCUUUCCACUUCCACAACUGCAAUCAUGUCACUUAACUAGAGUAAGGUUGCUAAAUUAGUUCCAAAUUAGUGAAAAUGUUGUGCUGUUGUUCAGUGCCCACCAGGAACUAGAUUGGAAGAGAUUUUCAGACAAAAACUAUUUCCAUUUCACAUCUUGAGGUUGCCUUUGAACUUGAACAAAAGCAAAAAUGUAUGCCUGAUACCCUAACCAGGUCAGAUGGGUCUAACUGUAAACAAAGGGAGUGUGUUUAUUUUAACCUGAUGUGUUACAUUCUUCAAAAUGUAAUUUCUGCAAAUAUCAUAACAGCA